GAACCAUUUCACCUUGCAAGUCUACCGCGUAGCCCAAACUUAAGGUCAAGGAAGUGUGGUCCGUACUAUCACUAUUUCCAAUAAACAAUCUCUAAGCCAACUUGAAGCAACUGUACUUGCUGUUGUACAGCACUUUAGGAUCUUCACACUUGUGCCAUAUUGUUUCGCAUCAUCAAAGUGCUGAGAAAGCUCAUAUGGUUCUGAUGAUGUUGAUUAUCUGUCUCUACAUUAUAUUUUAUUUCAUAUUGUGCAUAGUUUUGUAGUGACCGGCCAGUCUCGAUAAGAACACGAUUGGAAUAACAGAAACAAUUAUUAUUAUUGUAACCAAUUGUACCAGAAAUUGUUUUACUGUAUUUGUUUAACUGUAUCAGACUCACUUCUUGUUCCAUAUUCCGCCUUGUUUGGUUCGAGCUUGCUCACGCACUGCCUGUUCGCCUGUAAUCUUUGGCACGUCUCGGUAUUAUUUCGAUACCACGAGAUCGCCAAUAAAUAUACUUGAUCUGGACUAAUAAAGCCUUCUGAUUUACAAAGGAACCAAGUCGUUUUUGGGCGCGUAAACGAAUUGUAGUCGUGAUCAUAGUCCGUCUUCGACUCGACAUCCACUAUAAACUGGUGAGCCGUAUUGGGAACACGCACAUCUGGUGAACUACAAACUGGUGAGCCGUUGUUGGAACACGCAAUACAGCUGGUAACCCAAUCCAUCGAGCACAAGUCAAACUUGACCAAUUCUCCAAACCAGAUCAAUCCGAAUCUUUUAUACUCCAAAUGGAUGAAUUCGAGGAAUACAGGAAUCCACUUACUAAGCGAUAUGCAAGCCGUGAAAUGGUGUGCAAUUUCGGUGAAAAACGAAAAGUAAUCCUCUGGCGCCAACUGUGGAUAUGGCUAGCAGAAACACAAAAAGAGCUUGGAUUCGAUAUCACAGACGAACAGAUUGAUGAAAUGAAAAGUCAAAGAGAUUCAGUGGAUUUCGGGACUGCCGCAGCUGAAGAAAAGGCUCGACGACAUGACGUUAUGGCGCAUGUAUAUACUUUUGCUUUAGCUUGUCCAAAAGCUGCACCAAUCAUUCACCUCGGUGCAACAUCUUGUUUUGUUGGUGAUAAUGCCGAUUUAAUUAUGCUUAAGGAUGGUUUAAAUAUACUUUUACCGAAGGUUGCUAGGUGUAUUGACCGGUUAGCUAAAAAAGCUAUGUUGCACAAAAGUUUAAUAUGUCUCGCUCGCACCCAUUUGCAACCCGCUCAACCUACUACAAUGGGCCGUAGAAUAUGUAUGUGGAUACAAGAUUUGUUAUUAGAUUUAGAAAAUCUAGAAAGGUUGAAGAACCACACAAUCCGUUUUCGUGGUGCUAAGGGUGCAGUGGGAACUCAAGCAUCUUUUAUGGAUUUAUUCCAAGGUGAUCAUCAAAAGGUUAUCAAGUUGGACGAAAUCUUAACCAAAAAGUCUGGAUUCCAACGUUCUUGGUGUGUAACUGGUCAAACUUAUCCAAGAAAAGUAGACAUUGAGAUCACUAACGCAUUGUCGAAUAUAGGUGCAACUGUCCAUAAAAUAUGCACCGACAUACGACUACUGAGUAGUUUUCACGAAGUUGAGGAACCUUUUGAAACCAAACAGAUCGGUUCAAGUGCAAUGCCAUAUAAACGUAAUCCUAUUCGAUCAGAAAGAGCAUGUUCUUUAGCACGUUAUCUAAUGCAUAUAUCGACUUCCAUGGUUUCUACAGUAUCUGUUCAGUGGCUUGAACGUUCACUAGAUGACUCAGCUAUUCGUAGAAUUGUCCUCCCAGAAGCUUUUCUUGCAGCCGAUGCAUGUCUUACUUUACUACAAAAUAUAGCUGAAGGAUUAAUAGUAUACCCAAUGGUAAUGGAAGCUAAUUUAAAUUCUGAACUUCCUUUCCUCGUUGUUGAACGUAUUUUAGUCAAAAUGGUAUCUGAAGGUGCAGCCAACCGUCAAGAAUGCCAUGAACGCCUUCGUAAGCAUAGUCAUGAAGCUGCUGCAGAAAUUAAACUAAAGGGUUUAAAAAAUAGUCUCAUGGAUAAGUUACUCAACGAUGAUUAUUUUGCCCCGAUACAUUCGUUACUUCCAACUGUAUUAGAUCCAUCUUAUAUGAUCGGUCGUGCAAUUGAACAGGUGGAAGUAUUCCUAAACACUGAAGUUGAUCCAGCAAUUCACUCAUACAAAGAUUGUUUAGCGUUGAACAGUAAUAUAAAAAUUUGAUAUGAUAACUUUAUAGAUAAUCAAAUCGUAGUUAACUUUUACUUCAGUCGAUUUCUCUUGAUAUGUUUGAAUAGUUAACUUUUGUUAUGGGGUUGUACUGCAAUUUUUCAGUUCUUUUAAUUUUAAUAUUGCUAUGAUUUUCCCUUUUCUUCUAUAAUAUCUUUUAAUCUGAUCUAAUCUUUAUGUGAUAUCUAUAAAAUUAAUUUUUAACGUUCCGUGAUAUGAUUGUUGAGUGUUGAUUAAUCAAAUCAUGGUAUGUUACAAUGCUAUGGUCAAAUUGUAUAAAUCAUAAAAUACAGCUCCGUUAAUUGCAUUA